AAUGCAAGCAGAUUUAGAGGCGAUGACGUCGUCGCAGAGAUCACUAUCUAGUGAACUGGGAACAGAAUUAAUGGCUCGUCUAUCCGAAGAAGAUCAAAAUGAGGUUAGAAUAAAAUUAGAACGACAAUCAUUUCAUAUACAGAGUGUUAACCAGAUGAGAAAAAAUCGGCAAUUUCAAUGAAAUUGGGAAAUUUGGUUGCUCUGAGACAUUCAGAGCCGAGUCAAGAAAUGUCUCGUAUCUAUUUUUGUUUUUGUGUGCAAAAAAUUGCUUGGCCAGUCAAGAGUAAUCGUGACACAUGCAAAUUCCUUGUUUUCAUCAUUUGCCAUAUUACAUUUUUAAGAAAUUGAUUGGCUAUUUGAAUCGUGCAUGUGAUUAAAUAUGAUUCAUGGUUGGCUGAGGUCAGCACUCUAACGAUCAACUGAUGCGUUCAUUACAAAUUUCGUGGAGUUCCCAUCCUCUUUCGCUUCCAUUAGUUCACUCCUCUUUCGAUAACCCUUUACUCUUUUCUCGAUCGUUGACUUUCGUGCAAGUAUCUCCUGGUUAGGUCUAUAAAUAAAUGUAUACUAGAAUUACAAAUUGUAAGUAAAAUGCUGCGAGUAAAUACUGAAAGUGACUGUGUCUUCCCCGCUCGUCUCUUGGGUAGUCUUGAGGAUAGUAUUUGCAUAUCCUAUAAACUUGAACUUGUUUACAUUCGCAUUAACUGGCUCUAGCAAAAAAAAUGUUGGCGAAUUUCAUAAUCAUAACAGCGCCAUUAAUGGCAGACAUUUCGUGAAUGAGAAUCAAACAGAUACUGUAAACGAAAUCUGGAGGGGUAUUGUUUGUUAAAGCCAUAAUAUAGCUUUCUAAUAUUAUAAAUGCAUAUAAAUUAUUGCUCGAAAAAGCAUUCAUCAAAGCUCAAGCAACGUAUUAUAGUACAAACUGUGAUUUUCGUGCUCGUCGAACGCAUCGUUUGUUUGUCUAGUAUAAAUUUGCAUAGUGCUUGCGUCGAACAUCGAGAUAAAAUCGAUCUCCCUCAGCAAGAAUCUGCAUGGUCUAUACGUUGGAUGCGGUCCACUGUUCCAUCGGCUUUGUGUGAGCAAAUAAUAACGCUGAAAAAACUCGUGAAAGAACAUUGUGAACGCGUGAAAUGUCACUGAACCCUUCGCUACCUUGAUGAAUGCUUCCAGCAACAAAUAAGUUUAAAUUUGACAUAAUUUCAAUAAAAAAGUUACUAGUUCUUGCCUUCAACAAUUUUUCGAACGUCAGCACAUGCUCUAGCUGACGCAAGCAAUAUGUGCAUACGUGCGAAUAUGAACAACAGGUGGGAAAUUUGUCUACGCAUGCGCUACAAUUUGCGCGGUUUAAGAAAAAGAGACUCGAGGCGAGUAAAUAUAGUAAUUGAUUUUUAAGCGUUUUAUUGGCGUUUUUAGUCUCGUUUUUUCUGCUAACCAAAAAAUUGUUACUCUAUUGCAUUAUUGGGAAGGCGAGGAUGGUAUGAGAACGUUCAGAGCCUAAACAAAUGUAUAAAAUUGGAACUUUUGCGUAACCUUAUACAUCGGAACUGCCUCGGAUUCCGAUGGAAAUGUCCAAUAAUUCCUACUGUUCCGUAUUUUUAGAUGAAUGAAUUAUCUCCCAAAAUAAAGUAUAUGUUUUAAGGAACACUUUAAACCAUGGUGGUUGUGAUGUUACUCUUAGUGUGUGUCCACACCGGGCAAGCUUGAAAAAUAUGCCUGGCCACGGUGGGAAUCGAACCUACGACCGUUGGAAUACUAGCCAUUGGCUCUGCCAACUGAGCUACGCGGUCAGGACGGUUCGAGUAUGUCAUAUUUCCGAACAGAAUCUAGUUCCUUCGAUAUCAAUGUAACCUAGUAAUCAUGAUUUUUUGUGUUGGUGUAAUGUACUCAGGUGAAUGUUAGUGUCUCUUAGUGUGUGUCCACACCGGGCAAGUUUGAAAAAUAUGCCUGGCCACGGUGGGAAUCGAACCUACGACCUUUGGAAUACUAGCAGAGCAUUGGGCUAGUAUUCCAAAGGUCGUAGGUUCGAUUCCCACCGUGGCCAGGCAUAUUUUUCAAGCUUGCCCGGUGUGGAUACACACUCAGAGUAACAUCACAAGCGUCAUAUUCACCAGAGUACAUUACACCAACACUUUAAACCAUAUUUGGUUUUGAGGCUCUCGGCAAAAUUAAAAAAAUAUUUUAAUUUUUUUUAUUUCAUUGUGCAAAUCUUCACCCCCAUAGAUCACCCUGUAUUAAAUUGGAGAGAGAGGGAAACAUAUUCGCAUGAUUUCAAAACUGCUCAUAUUUAUUUAUUUAUUUAUUUAUUUAUUUAUUAUGCUUUGCCAAUUUCACACAAUCAUAUCUGCACAAAUACAAACACAAGAAUAUACAAACUAUCAAUCAAUCAAUGGCAGGGUAUAUGCUACAGCUUUACGCCAAUUACAGCAGCCCUUAGCCCAGGGAAAUUUUCUGAAUCAAUAGACUCUAAUCUUUCAACAAAUAAGUUUUUACGAACAGGAUUAGCAAACACAUGCAAUUUCUAGCGGAAUAUUCAGAGGCACCUAUUCAGACUAUUACAGACUUUAUUAUAUUCAUUUUGAAAUCAAUGGUGUUUCCUGUAAUCUGAUUGGUUCACAGAAGUGCGAUUUCAGCACGAAUCGCACUCCUAGCAGUGCGAUUCGUGCUGAAAUCGCACCUUCUUUCAACCAAUCACAUUUGAGUGCUGACUUCAGCCAACCAAUCAUAUUUAAUCAUAGGAUUGAAACAGCCAAUCAAUUUUAAGAAAAAUGUGAUAAUAAAUAAUAAUAAAUAAGCCCAUUGUGCUUUUCGCGCUUAGAGGUUGACUGGUCGAAGGUUUUGACCUUCAGAGUAAUCCAGGGGCGCCGAGAGAAUUCGUGGGGCCCGGGCCAAAUCUUCUCUGCGGCCCGUAAGACAUCGUUAUUUUUAAGCUAGACCCAGUUCAGUCACGCAAAUAGACCUUAGCUGGACUGCAAUGGGAGUUACUGUAAGGGGGGCCCUCAAUUUCAAAAAUGCUCUCAAGUUGGGGCCCUAUUAAGGUGGAGGCCCGGGGCAAUUCCCCUGCCUCCCCCUCUUGGCGGCCCUGGAGUAAUCAGAGGAAACCUUAAUUGAGUUACUGUAGCUGUAUACACGAACUUGCGGUUAUAACUCUACAACUGGGCAUCCUGCGCAUCCUGCGGCCACAGGUUCGAUUCCUGCCAGAGGACAUAUAGUUGCAUUUUUCGUAGCUGUCUAAAUAAAACUGAUAAAUAUAUAGAAUUUCUUCAACAUUAGUUCAAUCGCGUAAGAUGCCAUUGUCCUCGGCCAAAUUAGUCUUCGUUCUUUUCUUCGGCUUCUCCAUUAAUUGCCAUGGCUUCUGGUCGUUCUACGUUCGACGCCAUCUUAAAGUGUUGCAAAUUGGUACACCUUUUUGUCCAGGCUAUUAUCGCAUGCAUUUGUAUUUUUAGGCUCAAACCCUGCCGCGCUACCGAACAGCGAUAAAGCCUGGGAAUCAGGCCAUACUGUAUAUAUCUCUUUAAAUACUGGCGCGAGGAUACCGCAAAGUUUUUCGUGGGAGGACAAAAUUAUCGAACUUGUUGCUAGUAAGGAUAUCAGUGUUUAAUUUUUUUGUUAAGGUUGAUCAAAUAAAUGCGGAAUUCCAACAGCUUCAAGAACGUUUGCGGUCAGCAUUAACGGAAAGAUCAGCGGUAGGUUUUACUGCAUGCAUUGUAUAUUGUAGAUUCAAUAGCGGUCAUUUAUAG